AUGGCGGUCGAAGGGGAAGGCGAAGAGUGCAGCCCGGCCUCAGCCGAAGAUGAGUCUGGGCUGCAGCUCUUUGGCUUCGCAUCAACGGAUGGAGCAGCAGCAGCAGCAGCAGCAGCAGCAGCAGCAGCAGCACCUGCAGCAGCAGAUGCUGCUGCGGGUGUUGCAGCAGCAGCUGCAGCAACAGCAGCAGUACCGUCGCUAGCUGCAGAAGGCAAUGCCCCCGGAGGGUCUGGGAUCGCGGCUGCGCAGCUGCAGCAGCAAGUGCCGCAGCAGCAGCAGCUGCAGCAGCAGCAGCUGCAGCAACAGCAGCUGCAGCAGCAGCAAGUCAAUCCGGCGUUGAGUUUCGUGUACGAAGGUUGCCUGCAGCAGCAGCAGCUGCAGCAGCAGCAGCUUCAGGAACAGCAGCUCCGACAGCAGCAGCAGCUACAGCAGCAGCAGCUGCAGCAACACGCUCAGCUGCAGCAGCUGGCGCCCCAAGCGUUGCAGCAGCAGCAGCUUCAGCAGCAGCAGUUGCAGCAGCAACUGCAGCAACAGCAGCUGCAGCAACAGCAAUUGCAACAGCAGCAGCUGCAACAGCAACAACUGAAGCAGCAACUGCAGCAACAGCAGCUGCAGCAGCAGUUGCAGCAGCCGGACAUGCAACAACAGCUGUUGCGGCAGCAGCAGCAGCUACAGCAGCAGCACUUUCAGCAGCAACAGCUGCAGCAACUGCAGCAGCAGCAGAUGCAGCCAGUGCUGCAGCAGCAGCCCAUGCAGCAUCUGCAGCUUCAGCACUUGCAGCAGCAACAACUGCAGCAGCAGCACCUGCAACAGCUGAGACAGCAGCAACUGCAGCAGCAGCAGCUGCAGCUGCAGCAGCAGUGCCAGUCUGACGCUUCAGUUCCUUCGCAGCUGCUGCAGCACCAGCUGCAGCAGCAGCUUCAGUUGCAGCAGCAGCUUCAUCAGCAGCAACUGCAGCAGCAGCAACUGCUGCAACAGCACCUUGCCGCUGCAAGCGGGAAUCCGCAGCAGCAGCAGCUUAUACAGCAGCAGUUUAUGCGGCAGCAGCAAAUCCGUCAGCAGCUACAGCAGCAGCAGCUGCAGCAGUUGCUGCUGCAGCGCCAACUGCAGCAGCAGCACCAGUUGCUGGCAGCCCAGCAGCAACACAGCCCCUUCCUGCAGCAGCAGCAGCAGCAGCAGUACCUUCAGCAGCUGCAGCAGCAGCAGCAGAUGUUGCAGCGGCAGCAGCAGCAGCUGAUUCAGGCCCAGCGGCAGCAGCAGCCGCAGCAGCACAAUGUGUUUGCUGAAGCAGCUGCAUCAGCAGUAGCAGCAGCAGCAGCUGCUGCCGCUACUGCUGUACCUGGGGCCGCCCCUGGGCCUGCAGCAGCAGCAGCAGCAGCAGCAGCAGGAGCAAAGGCAGAACCAGACGCAGACGAAGCGUGGGAUCCAUCUGCAGGAAAGCGCGGUGCAGCAGCAGCAGGAGGAGCAGCUGGGGGCGCAGCAGCAGCAGCAGCAGCAGCAGCAGCACUUGAUGGGGGUUUGAGUUGGGGAGUUCCUGGGGGCGGUGGUGCUAGCAGCAGCAGCAGCAGCAGCAGCAGCAGACGGCGUCGAGGACGUGCUCAGUCUCGUGAAGCAUAUUAUGCUUCUCAUUUACCUCGUAGCAGCAGCAGCAGCAGCAGCAGCAGUUCAGCAGCAGCAGGAGGAGGUGAGCGAAGCAGCAGUUUCAGCCUUCGUUCUCGGAGCAGCCGAGUAGAUUAUGUAAAUCUUGCCUGUAAUGAAGAAGAAGAUAUGUUUGAAGAGAACGAAGACAGCGAAAGUAGCAGCAGCAGCAGCAGCAGCAGCAGCAGCAGCAAUAGAUACGGAGCAGCAAGAGGCGCAGGAGGUGAAGAAGCAGGAGCUGUUGCAGGUCUUGUUGUUGAUAGAGUUCUUGACUGGCGCAUAACCCCCGAAGGAUACGAAGAGUAUUUAAUCAAGUGGUUAGGUAAAGCACAUGUACACAACACCUGGGAGACGUAUGCAGCAAUAGAGCCUCUUCUAGGUAUAAAGAAGCUAAUUAACUUUAUUAAAAGAAGAGACAAAGAGAAAGAAAUCAUGCAGCUCUUGUCGCCUGAUGAAGUAGAACAAAUACAGAUCGAGAAGCAGCUUCAGAAACAGCUCGAUGAAGAUGCACUGCAGGCUGAACGCAUCAUCUAUAGAUGGGAAGAGACAGAGAACGGCGAUAGGGUGUACAUAGUAAAGUGGCGGAGCUGUCCUUAUGAUAGAUGUACACAGGAGACGCAUGCAACAUUAGUUAAAUAUUCUUUUCUGCCUUUGGUUGCUGCUUACGAUGCGCGAUUACAUCGAGCAAAGUUGAAGCUACAGCGAGCGCUCACAGACCCUGCUGCUUUUAAACCUAUUACAGCAACACCUUUCAUUCCUUAUGUUAAGACGCCUGCCUAUAUGAAUCAGCUGCUGCAGCCUGAAGGAAGCGCAGAAGAUACAGAUCAGCAACAGCAGCAGCAGCAACAGCAGCAGCAGCAGCAGCAGCAGCAGGGAGGAGGAGGGGAGGCACAGGUGGAACAGCAAAACCAGCAGCAACAGGAACAGCAACAACAGCAACAGCAACAGCAGCAGCAGCAGCAAGGUGAAGGAGAAGGAGAAACUGCUGCUGCUGCUGCUGCUGCUGCAGCUGCAGGUCUCACCGAUGGGUCCCUUCCACCCAUCAGCAGCAGCAACAACGGCACAGCAACCCCGUCCAGCAGCAGCAACAACAGCAACAGUAAUAAUAGUAAUAGUAAUAGUAAUGGGGAGGAGGGGGUCGCUGAACGUCAAGAGCUUCGAGAUUAUCAAUUAACAGGCAUAAACUGGAUAUUAUCGCGAUUAAAGCGCGGGGUGUCUGUGCUGCUUGCAGAUGAGAUGGGUCUAGGAAAGACUGUUCAAACUAUAGGGGUUGUCGGACAUCUUCUGUUUGUUGAGAGCGUACUGACUCCUAUUCUUAUAAUCGUACCUCAAUCUACUCUAGAUAACUGGUUGAGAGAGUUUGAGCGAUGGCUGCCUGAAGCAAAUGUUGUUGCUGUUCACGGUAAUGCUGUUGGCCGAACAGUUAUUAGGAACUACGAGUUACAAAGAUUGCAUGCAAAGCUUCAGGUGUAUAAGUUUGAUGUUUGUUUAACAACACCCUCAAUCUUAAAUAGCGGUAUAGAUGCAGAUUUUCUUAAGAAAGUACCGUGGAGUUUACUUGUUGUUGAUGAAGCUCAUCAAUUAAAGAAUAUAAAUAGCAAAAGAUUUAUUGAGCUGUCGGCGUUUUCAGCUCAACAUAAACUGUUUCUCUCCGGUACACCCCUUCAUAAUAAUCUAGAAGAGCUGUGGAACCUGCUUCACUUCUUAAACCCUUCAAUACAUAGAAGCUUUGAGGAGUUUCGUCAUCGAUAUUAUCUUGUUGAGAGGCAUUCAGAGGUCGGAGAGAUAAAAACAAAACAAUUAGCUGCUCUUCAACAAGAGCUUAAUGGAUAUAUACUUCGGAGAGUAAAGAAAGAUGUUGAACGAAGCAUGCCGAAGAAGGUAGAGAGUAUUCUACGAGUAGAGAUGUCCCCUUUACAGUUAUAUUUUUAUAAACUUAUUUUAACAAAGAACUAUGAAUUAUUAGCCAGGAAAGGGGGCUCAAAUAGAGCAAGUCUUCAGAAUAUCUGCAUGGAGUUAAAAAAAGUUUGUAAUCAUCCUUUCUUAUGUCAAGCUCCCAAUACACCUGAACAAAGAAAUCGUUUAUUAAUUGAUGGAUCUGCUAAACUCAGACUUCUAGAUAAAUUGCUUAAAAGAUUAAAAGAAAAGGGUCAUCGUGUUCUUAUCUUCUCGCAAAUGGUUAAGAUGCUCAAUCUACUCGCAGAGUUUCUGAAACUCAGAGGAUAUAAACAUCAG